UUCAAAGUAAAAGGAAACGCGAACUUAAAAAUGAACCAGAAAUCAUUAUUUUGAUUGGGAAAAAGAAGAUUCCAAAAUGGCACAAGGAAACGAACGUGAAUGAACAUUCCACAAACUCAUCAAUCAAAAAAGUGAAAGGUAAGUGGUGUACUACCACAGAUUGGACCAUGUGGAGCUUAACAAACAGUUUCAACCUCUUCCAUCAAUAAACCUCAAAUUCUGAACACUGGUAGACUUCAAAAGAAUUAUUUUGUCUUUCUCAUGCCAUGUUCAAUGGGUUCAUCCUUCAACUGCCUGGUCAUUUUUCUUUACUUUGCAUCAUCUGUUGUGUGCCAAGUUAAAGAGUUUGUAAGUAUAGAUUGUGGAGGGACAAGAAAUUACACUGACCCAAGUACUGGACUAGCAUGGAUUUCAGACUUGGGGCUCAUGAGCCAGGGAACAUCAGUACAAGUAGAAAACCCAAAUGGAAACUUGAUGCAGUAUCAGAGUCGCAGAGAUUUUCCCAUAGACAGCAAGAAGUAUUGCUACACUUUGAGCACAGAAGAGAGGAGGAGGUAUCUAAUCAGAGCAACAUUUCAAUAUGGCAGCCUGAAAAGUGAAGACACUUACCCCAAGUUUGAGCUUUACUUGGAUGCUACUCAGUGGUCUACUGUGACCAUAUUUAAUGCUUCAAGAACAUAUGUGAAUGAAAUGAUCAUCAGGGCAUCGUCCGGUUCGGUUGAUGUGUGCAUAUGCUGUGCAACAACUGGGUUUCCAUUUAUAUCCACUCUGGAGCUGAGGCCUUUGAAUCUUUCCAUGUAUGCUACAGAUUUUGAGGAUCAUUUCUUCUUGACAGUGGCAGCUAGAGUGAAUUUUGGUGCUCCAAGCAUAGAUGUCAUAAGGUACCCAGAUGAUCCAUAUGACAGAAUUUGGGAUUCUGAUAUUGUGAAAAGGCAAAAUUAUCUGGUAGGGGUGGCCUCAGGAACACAAAGAAUCAAUACAUCAAGGGAUGUAAACACAAAUAGUAGAGAAUAUCCACCUGUUAAAGUAAUGCAGACUGCAGUUGUUGGCACAAAAGGACUGUUGACCUACAGACUGAAUCUUGAUGGUUUCCCAGCCUAUGCUCGAGCUUAUGCUUACUUUGCAGAAAUUGAGGAUUUGGGUGCGGAUGAAAGUCGAAAAUUCAAAUUGGAGCAACCUUCAUUGGGUGACUCUAACAGUGCAGUGGUAAAUAUUGCUGAAAAUGCGAAUGGGGACUACACUCUUUACGAGCCGAGUUACAUGAAUGUGAGCCUGGAGUUUGUUCUGUCAUUUUCCUUUAGGAAGACCCCCGAUUCUACUCGAGGGCCGCUUCUAAAUGCACUGGAGAUAAGUAAAUAUGUACGAAUUGCUACAAAGACUGAUAGGCAAGAUUUGAAUGUUCUCAAUGCCCUUCGCUUCAUGUCUGCCGAAAGUCUGUCGGUAGAUGAAGGGGAUCCUUGUGUUCCAACUCACUGGGAUUGGGUGAAUUGUAGUAGCUCCACAACACCAUUGAGAAUUACAAAAAUUGACCUGUCAGGAAAGAAUGUGAAGGGUGAGAUUCCCUUGGAGCUUAAUAACAUGCAGGAGUUGAUAGAGUUGUGGUUGGAUGGUAACUACCUUACUGGACCAUUUCCUGACAUUAGUAAUCUUAUCAAUUUGAAAAUUCUGCAUCUAGAGAAUAACAAAUUGACUGGUCCACUACCUUCUUACCUGGGUAGCUUGCCAAGCUUACAAGAACUGUACAUACAGAACAACUCUUUCAGUGGUGAAAUUCCUGCAGGACUGUUAACUGGGAAAAUCACUUUUAAUUUUGAAGAUAAUCUCAGGCUGCAUAAGGGGGCACAAAAACAGAAACAUUUUAAGUUGAUAAUUGGAAUUUCAGUUGGAGUACUUGCGAUUGUAUCAAUUUUGUUAAUUGGGAGCCUAUUGCUAUUACGCAAUCUUCAAAGAAGAUCAUCUCAUCAGAGAAGUAAUGAAAAAGGUGAUUCUAUGCGCAUCAGCACAAAGCCUUCAACUAGGCAUUCAAUUUCCCGAAUGGACGAAGGCAUAGCUUGCUACAUUACACUCCCUGAUCUGGAAGAAGCCACUAACAACUUUUCGAAAAAAAUUGGCAAAGGAAGCUUUGGAUCAGUCUAUUAUGGGAAGAUGAAAGAUGGAAAAGAGGUAGCAGUUAAAAUGAUGGCUGAUUCAUCUACCCAUAUGAAUAAGCAGUUUGUGACUGAGGUAGCACUCUUGUCAAGAAUUCAUCAUAGAAACUUGGUUCCUCUAAUUGGAUACUGUGAGGAAGAGCAUCAAUGCAUUCUGGUUUACGAGUAUAUGCACAAUGGAACCUUACGGGAUCAUAUACACGGUUCUACCAGCCAGAAGCACUUGGACUGGCAAACUCGCCUUCGUAUUGCAGAAGAUGCAGCUAAAGGUCUUGAGUACUUACACACUGGAUGCAACCCUAGUAUCAUCCACCGGGACGUAAAAACAAGCAACAUUCUCCUAGACAUCAACAUGAGAGCGAAGGUUUCAGAUUUUGGAUUGUCUAGGCAAACCGAAGAAGAUUUAACCCACGUAUCAAGUGUAGCUCGAGGAACAGUAGGCUACCUUGACCCUGAGUAUUAUGCUAGUCAGCAAUUGACUGAGAAAAGUGAUGUAUACAGUUUUGGUGUUGUUCUAUUGGAACUGAUUUCAGGAAAAAAGGCUGUGUCAACAGAAGACUUUGGUGAUGAGUUGAACAUUGUUUACUGGGCAAGAUCAUUAAUUCGUAAAGGGGAUGUGGUAAGCAUCAUAGAUCCUUUUCUACAAGGAAAUGUCAAAAUUGAUUCCAUUUGGAGAAUUGCUGAAGUUGCAAUCCAAUGCGUUGAGCAACAUGGAGUUUCCAGGCCAAGAAUGCAGGAAAUAAUCUUGGCCAUCCAAGAUGCUAUGAAGAUUGAGAAAGGCACAGAAGCCAGCCAAAAAAUAUCUCCCACUCCCAGCAGCAGUAGCUCAAGAGCACAAUCCUCCAGGAAAACUUUGCUAACAAGCUUUCUUGAAAUUGAGAGCCCUGACAUAUCAAACGGUUGCCUUGUCCCAUCUGCCAGAUGACCUUUCAUCUCUUUUCAUAAUGAAAAUCGUAAUGCUCUUGCUUUUUUGCACAAUGUAUAUGUAUAUGCAGGUCGUGUCAUAUUGCUGUUAGAAAAAGAACUUUUACCAAAAGGUGUUUUAGAAUUACAUUACACUUGCGAAUUCUC